GAGUCAACAACUGAUUAGCAGCUCGUUGCCCGUCGACUACAUCGACAUCCACCAUGGCGAUCGAUCAAACCCCCGACAAGAAAUAUCCUACAGGACUCUCUGCCCGUCUGGCGGCACGUAACAAGACGUUUACGAGCGUGACGGCCGGCGUUGCCCCAUCUUACCUUCAAGCAAAUCUUAUCGUUCUGCCCUCCCGAUAUGCGGACGACUUUCGUCUGUUGUGUGCCCGCAAUCCUGUUCCUUGCCCUCUUGUCGCUGAGUCUUUGACGCCAGGCGAUGCGACCUUGUUGCGAACGCAUGUAGACGAGGUGGUGCUUGAAGUUGCCGAGGAUAUUGACCUGCGCCACGACUUUCCCAAAUACAGGCUCUAUAGGAAUGGACAGGCUGAUGGUGGUGACGUGCUUGACAUUGCGUCUGUGUGGACGGAUGAUCAUGUCGGGUUCGUGAUUGGGUGCUCCUACAGCUUCGAGUCAGCCCUCAGUGCUGCUGGCUUGACACCUCGACACCAGGUCCAAGGGCGCAAUGUGCCCAUGUACAGGACCAACAUCCCUCUGUGCCCGGCAGGCGUGUUCACGGGCGCAACAUACGUGGUCUCCAUGCGCCCAUACAAGCUGCAAGAUGUCGAGAAAGUCCGCGACAUCACUCGCCCGUACGUGGCCACCCAUGGCGAGCCUAUCGCAUGGGGCUGGGACGGAGCAAAAAAACUAGGCAUUGAGGAUAUCACGCGGGUUCAAUGGGGUGACCAGAGUCUGCGACUAGAUGGAAGCGGACAGCCCUUUGACGAGAGUGAGCAGGGCUUUGUGCCCGUCUUCUGGGGCUGUGGGGUGACUCCGCAGAAUGCGGUUGAGAUGGCUGGGCUUCAGGGCACUAUCAUGGCCCAUAGCCCAGGCCAUAUGAUUGUUCUGGAUGUGAGAGAACAUGAGGUCUUUCCCACGGCUGUUGAGAAGGUGUAGUUCGGAGAAGGGGCAUACACCGACAUCUCCGACAGCUAGCCGUCUCUUCUGUCUGUCCGACCCGCGGUUUCUGGGAGCAAAAUCGCCGAGACUUGAGGUCCAGAUAUUUGAACCAUUUACACACGUCCCCCU